CACUGCUCCCCCUACCCCGCGUACAAGCCAAAGAAAGUUUUUCUCAGAAUGAGCCCGCGUUGACGUAGGCAUCGCCUCCCCUCUCCGCUGGAUAGAAGCCCAGAAAGGAGCCACGGGGAGAAGCGGAGAUAGGGGUCGCCUGGAUUUCUGUUGCUGCGGUCCGGGGGCGGGGCGGAUCAAAGGCCAGCCAAGAGUAUUGGUCCUGGAUCUACAAAUACAUCAGGCUUUUUCCUCCUCCGUCAACCUCCUAAAUCCCAAUGAGGUCAUAGCAAUGAGAGAGAAUCAGCUCGAGAGAGAGGGGGAGGAAGAGGACGACGACGAGGGAGAAGAAACCCAGACGGAAAGAGGCCAUCAGACAAGGUCGCUUUUUCUGGCGACAAAGCAACUGCAAGGAGAGUGGUGCUGAAUAUCAUCCGCCCGCUCUGCCUGGGGACCCAGAGACUUGCAGAAGCACUUUGCAUUGCCACGAAAACAAAGGAGAGGAGACGAAAGGGAGAGGGAGAGAGAAGCUCGGAGCAGUUCUCUUUGGAUCUCCUGGAAGCAAAGCUCCUCUCCUCGGCAAUAAAACAGAAGGGACCGUGUGAAAGGGUCUAGUAGGCUGGGGAGGGCGCGGGUUUCCCUGCGGAGAUUUGGGACGCGGCAGAACUCUGGACAGCGCCUGGGGAGCAAGGCUCGGAGCUCCCUGGGCUCCUCCAGGUUUCCGGCUCCUUAAAAGCCCUGGUACUGGUGUGCAAUCUUCGCACCACCGAACCCAGGAAGAUCCUUCUACGAUCCCUAUCUGAACGUGCCAGGGGGUGGAGCAGCUCCUUUGCCUCUGGCCCAGCCAGGGAAGGUCUUCGUUUCUGGAAAUCCAGCCCUUGUGGAUAAUGCCUCGCUCUUGAAGAAAGAAAAGUUUUGGGAUCUGGUAGGGGGUGGAAGGGGUAAGGAGGAUAGUGGAAGAAAAAAAGGUAGAUGGUUGAUUUCCCUCUCUGAUCUGGAAGGAAGAUGACCGAUGAAGGAUGUGCACCAGCGGUCAGAUUAUCGGGAGCCUCUUGGUGCUCUCCGUGCUGGAGAUAGGGCUGGGGGUGUCCAGCGUGGCCGUGGGGGCGGUCAGCUUCAGCCUGGCCCUCCGAGAGCACAAGCCGCAGCUCGGAGACUCGUCCCCGUUUCUUCUUUGCGGCAUUUGUGGAAUAUUGUGCGCCAAAAAAAAAUCAGGACUUGUCAUGAUCCUGUUUUCAGCCUGCUGUAUCUGUGGACUCAUUGGGGGCAUCCUGAAUUUUCAGUUCCUCCGGGCGGUCACGAAGAAAACUUCCUCCCUAUACCCUCUGCACCUUGCCUCCAUGUCUCUCGCGUGCAUUGGGAUCGGGGGCUGCACUCUCUCUUCCUGGCUCACUUGUCGACUAGCCAGUUAUGAACAGAGGAGGAUGUUCUCAGAAAGGGAGCAUUCCCUGCAUCACUCUCAUGAAAUGGCUGAGAAAAGAUUGAGGGCUAUUGAAAUAACCGACUUGCCCAGCUGCCCGGUGGUGCCCCCGACACCAGAGUUACCUACAAGGAAAUGACAGACAACAUGAGCAAUGGAGGACCACAGCUGAUAUUUAAUGGAAGAGUAUAAUCAAUGUUUUAAAGAAUUGAACACUUUUAAGGAUUUUCAUGAGGCAAUGAGACACCAAAGGACUAGAAAAUAAAACAGUUUUUGCAUUUGCAUUUGUCUCUCCUGAGCAUCCACUAAAAUUUUUCUUCCUAAAAAAUAUAUUGCCUCACUGGUUUCUCCACCCUUUUUUAUGGGGUAAAAAACUUUCCAGAAACAUUCUAGUACAAUAAUUUCAAGAUGCUUUCCAGAUUGUUCUAAAGAAGACUUUUCAGGAAAAAGAAAUAGUAAAACAGAAAUAAAAUGCAUAUUCUAUACAAACACUA